AUGAGGUUUCAACUGGCGAUACCGCUUGGGCUGACACUCCAUUACGCAGUCCAGGCCCAUGCCGAGCCUUCUCAAACGAUACGAAGCUUGCCUAUUGGUCGAGGUAAUCGUUUCAAGAAUGGCACGGCUGCCCUUACCGGCCUAGGACUCGGCGAGAGAGAUUUGGGGUCUCUUCUCAACAUCGACGAGAUUCAGACUGGUCUUGAGCAACUGGCCGACGAGUUUCCACAAGUCCAGAUGGUUGAGGCGCCGUACAAGACGUUUGAAGGCAGAAAGGUCUACGGAGCUGCCAUCGGCGAGCCGCGAGUCGUCAUCGCCAGCGGAAUCAGCGCGGCCGAGCGCGGCGGUCCCGACUUUGUCUUGUACUUUCUCUCCGACCUGCUGUAUGCAAACAAGACGGGCGUUGGUCUCGUCUAUGGCAACCAGACCUACACCAAGGAGCAGGUGACGACGGCCCUCUCGGCGGGCGUCGCGGCCUUGCCCCUGUCCAACCCCGAUGGAGCCGUACACGACAGCUCGACGGGCGAUUGCUGGACCAAGAACCGCAACACAACGACGAUCGAGGGGGACAAGCAGCGGGGCGGAGUCCAUCUUGACCAAAACUUUCCCUUUGAGUGGAAGGGCGAGGACCCGGCACUCAGGCACCAUGUCAGCCGCGGCGAAAGGUUCCUGUUCUUCCCUGGCUAUGCGCCCCAGUCGGAGGCCGAGACGCAAAACAUGAUGUGGUUCAUCAACAAGUUCGACGACGUCUCGUGGUAUCUCAGCCUUCGCCCGGCGGGCUUCAUGGCCGUCCAAUGGGGCUGGGGCCACGCCGACGUGCAGACGUCUGACGCCGCGCAGAACUUUAGGAACAGCACGUACAAGGGGUGCUUCGGAGCCGAGCUGAGCGAGGCCAGCACUGCUCCGCCGUACAAGGAAUACACGGAGCCCGAUGCGCGGGCCAGCCAGGAAGCCGCGGCAACACGCAUUGCGCGUCCGUUCCGGGGAACAGUUGUGCAGCACUGGGGGAGAGGCCCGCCGAGCACUGGAGCGAGCACCGACUGGGCCAGCUCUGGAUACUACGGCCACGAGUGCGGCGCCAACCGCAUCAACAGCCUGACGCUGGAUCCCAUGAGCGCGGCCAUGGUGUUUGGGCGCGGCAACUGCUUCCUCAGCUACCCCUCCAGCCGCUCCUACCACGAGGGCAUGCGCGGAGCGGGUGCGGGACUGAUGGAGCUGCUGCUGCACGCCGCUGGGCCGGAUGGCGAGCCCAGGAGGUGGCAGUGCUGA